AUGCUGGCGUAUCAUAGGAGGAGUCAGCAGAGAGCUCAGCCCGGUUUGUAUGUGGGUGUCCUGAAGCUCUGCAGCUCUGUGGAUCAGCUCCGCAUCCUGGUCCCGCAGCGAUUACCCAACAUGCCCUGCCACUGCCGUGUCAGGAACCGGCCACACGUCUCACGGGAGGAGUGGGCGUGGCUACAGGAGCACGCAGUGGGCGGGGCCUGUGGCGGUCAGGAGGGUGGGGAUGACUCUGUGAUUGACAGCUCAGGUGUCGAGGACUUUGUGAAGGCGCUGCGAUCUGCAGUGACUCAACUGCUGACCAAACUCAAUGUCCCACUGGAACGGGCAAGUGAGUACCGUGUCUACACGCAGGAGCUGCUGCAGGUUGGCGAUCAGGUGUCUGUGAUUCUCCUGCUGCCGCCCUGUGAGGAGUUCAGAUCCCGUCAGCGUCCAGCAGAGGGAGCUCAGCACACCUUCACCGUCCCCAUGCACUGCUUUGAGCUCGUGCACUUGUGGGCGUAUGAGCGGGAUCUGCUGUCUCAGUACUGUCAGCUGUGGCUCAGACUGGAGCUGGACGUCCGUCUUUCCCAGCAGGCUUUGAGAGAAGCGUUGGACACUAAAGAGCUGCAGGAGGCUACGGAGAGACACGCACACAUCACACAGCUGGCACAGAGUCUGUCUGCGCUGUGGAGCGAGAGCCGCUGGCUGAUGGACGUCAUUCAGACGCUGCGCUCCAAACACUCGGAGGGGGCGGUGCCUCUGGGGCGAGUCAUGACCUCACAACCGCCAAUCAGAUCAGCCGCUGAUGAGGACACGCCCCCUGCUUUACAUACGGUAGAACAGAUGCAAACAGCAGAGGUCAUGGGGUCAGAGGUCAGCGCACCUGUGGAGGUCACAGACGGGGUCAUGUGUCCGGAGACGCCCACCUCACACUACACCGAUGAGCCCCGUUCCCAUGGAAACAGCACCCAUCGCCAUGGAAACAGCCUCCGGCAGAUGCACUCAUGUCCUGAACUCAGUGAUCCGGCCGCCUCACAUCCCAUAAUGCCUGCAGACGAAGGUCAGGAGCUGCUGACAGAGAUGAUGGACCUGUUCCAGAGCCUGGAUCUGCUGGGAGGCAGUCUGACAGACCUGCAGGAGCUGGACUGGAGCGAUCCAGAACCGGAUCUGCAGAACCAGGACCAGGAUGACAGGACGGGAGCGACGGACGGUGCCAUGACCCACAGGGGACAUCCGGUCAGGAGUCUGGUGGAGUGGGUCAAAUCAACGAUUUAAUCAAACCCAGUCUGGACUAGUGAUGGCCGCUUUUGAAUCACUUCUUAAUGAGGCGUCAAAAACGUUGCGAAUCAUUUGUUUCGAAACAGUGGUUCGGAGC